GAGACGUGAAUGGGCGGGACUUGAGCUUCACGGAGAUCCUGGGAAGGCGAAAUGGAGGGGUGUGUGUCUAACGUAAUGGUCUGCAACCUGGCCUACACCGGGAAGCUGGAUGAGUUGAAGGAGCACAUUUUGGCCGAUGUAUCUCUAGCUACUAGAACCGAUCAGGACAGCAGGACUGCGUUGCACUGGGCAUGCUCAGCUGGUCAUACAGAAAUUGUUGAAUUCUUGCUGGAACUUGGAGUGCCAGUGAAUGAUAAAGAUGACGCAGGCUGGUCUCCUCUUCAUAUUGCUGCUUCUGCUGGCCGGGAUGAGAUUGUAAAAGCCCUUCUGGUAAAAGGUGCCCAAGUGAAUGCUGUCAACCAAAAUGGCUGCACCCCUCUCCAUUAUGCUGCUUCGAAAAAUAGGCAUGAGAUUGCUGUCAUGUUACUAGAAGGUGGGGCUAAUCCAGAUGCGAAGGACCAUUAUGAAGCCACAGCAAUGCACCGGGCAGCAGCCAAGGGUAACUUGAAGACGGUUCAUGUCCUUCUGUUCUACAAAGCAUCCACAAACAUCCAAGACACUGAGGGUAACACUCCUCUACACUUAGCCUGUGAUGAGGAGAGAGUGGAAGAAGCAAAAUUACUGGUGACCCAAGGAGCAAGUAUUUACAUCGAGAAUAAAGAAGAAAAGACACCCCUGCAAGUGGCCAAGGGUGGCCUGGGUUUAAUACUCAAGAGACUUGUAGAAAGUUAAGCAGCUCUCAUUUAUUCUUCGUGGGUUUUGUUGUCCUCACUGCCCUGGAAACUGUUGUACUGUGCACAAGGCAUCUGGAAUGAUUGAAAGCAUUUGCUCACCUUCCGAAUCGUACAACAUGUUGUAUCGCUCCUGCUCAAGUCCCCGUUCUAAGCUUACAACCCACUGUUCAGGCAACAAAACUCUUGAGAUUGUUCUACUGAUGUCAUUUAUUGUUCUCCAUUAAAUCUUGCUUAAUUUGGA